CGUCCAAUAGAAUGAAUGGAGUCCCGGCCGCGUCCAAUGGGAGCGCAGACGGUCCGGUAUAAAGCCGCUCCUCCGGCUGUCUGCGCGGCUGGAGAGCUGUCGGGACGUCGCUGCGGAGUCUGGGUCUGCACGGUUGGAAAGAUAGGGAUUUUUGUAUCAUCCCCUGAUAACGGUAGUAAUAGAACACAACAGGGAGCAGCGAUGCCUUUCGGUAACACGCACAACCAGAUGAAAAUGAACUACUCCUCGGAUCAGGAGUAUCCGGACCUCAGUAAACACAACAAUCACAUGGCCAAGAUCCUGACUCCUGCCAUGUACGAGCGCCUGAGGAGCAAGCAGACCCCCAGCGGCUUCACCUUGGAUGACGUCAUCCAGACCGGGGUGGAUAACCCAGGCCAUCCCUUCAUCAUGACGGUGGGCUGUGUCGCUGGAGACGAGGAGACGUACGAAGUCUUCAAGGAGCUCCUGGACCCCGUGAUCGAGGACAGACAUGGAGGAUACAAACCCGCAGACAAGCACAAGACGGACCUGAACCCAGACAACCUGAAGGUACCGCGCCUCUGCCUGCACGUGGGGGAUUAUGAAAGGAGGGCUGAGUUUAACGCUGCUGUCCUUUCUAAGGGUGGGGACGACCUUGACCCCAAUUAUGUGCUGAGCUCCAGAGUGCGAACAGGCCGCAGCAUCCGGGGCUUCUGCCUGCCCCCCCACUGCAGCCGAGGAGAGAGGCGCAUGGUGGAGAAGCUCUCCAAUGAAGCUUUGGACUCUCUGACCGGAGAUUUGAAGGGGAAAUAUUACGCCCUGAAGAACAUGACGGACGCUGAACAGCAGCAGCUCAUCGACGACCACUUCCUGUUUGACAAGCCGGUGUCCCCCCUGCUGCUGGCCUCAGGAAUGGCCCGUGACUGGCCCGAUGCCAGAGGCAUCUGGCAUAAUGACAACAAGACCUUCCUGGUGUGGGUGAACGAGGAGGACCACCUGCGUGUCAUCUCCAUGCAGAAAGGAGGCAACAUGAAGGAGGUGUUCAACCGCUUUUGCACUGGACUCACAAAGAUCGAGAGCCUGUUCAAGGAGAAGGGCCAUGAGUUCAUGUGGAACGAGCACCUGGGUUACGUCCUCACCUGUCCGUCCAACCUGGGCACUGGCCUGCGUGCCGGCGUGCACAUGAAGCUGCCCAACAUGAGCAAGCACGCCAAGUUUGAGGAGGUCCUCAAGAGACUGCGGCUCCAGAAACGUGGAACAGGUGGCGUGGACACCGCUGCUGUCGGGGGAGUGUUCGACAUUUCCAACGCCGACCGACUGGGCUUCUCAGAGGUGGAGCUGGUGCAGAUGGUGGUUGAUGGAGUCAAGCUGCUGACGGAGAUGGAGAAGAGGCUGGAAAAGGGCCAGUCCAUAGAUGACCUGAUGCCUGCCCAGAAGUGAAGUGCUCCCCGCCCACUCGCCCCUCUCACCCUGCUCACCCCUUUGUCUCCCUGUGGAACACUCUCCUGGAACGCACUCUUUCACUUUAGAGCUGUGUAUUUAAGAUGAACCCCUUUCUGUAAUGUUAAGAUCUGAGAUGAAAUAAAUGUUCUGGUUGAAAUUGCA